AUGCCAACCAACGUUCGCAAGUCUGCCGCGCAAGAUGAAGCUCUCGAGAACGAGUACAAGCAAUGGCAGAAAGUUCAUACCAAGAUGAAGGAAACACCUCCCGCCGAUGGGCGUGAUUAUCUCAAACACGCAAACAAUCUGUUGGCAUUGCUGGAAGGCGUAUCUGAGCUACAUCCUAUUGCCAAAGCUGUUGUUGUAAGCUUCAAGACUGCAGUGAUGUUUGAGCAAGAUAGGCGGGAGAACGACGCACGCGUCACUGCCGUCUUCCUGGCCCAGACGGAUAUGAUGCGCGUCCUACUGGAUGUCGAUGAUCUGUCUACCCGUCGCCAAAACCGGUGGCCUGAUGCAGAAAAUGUCAGGACCACGGCUAAACUUGGCCUGAUCUUAGCGAACAUGGAAAAAGAAAUCAAGUCGUGCGGUAAUAGCAUUGACACCUAUUACAAAGAAUCGCGUUUCGUUAAAUUUUGGAAAGCCCAGGACUGGAAGAAAAGGAUGCUAGGCCACAUCGCAGAGUUCACCGAGUUCCGUGUCCAACUCCAGACAACGCUGCAAGUGCAAGUAGCAGUUGGCGUCGAGGAUCUUGUUCUCAAGAUGGACGUCGUGCUCACCCAUUUCUUCACUCCCAAGGCUGACUGGGAGAAGAAUCUCGACAAGAAGACACGUAGCCUGGGACCUCCCAGCGCAUGGAUCAACGACCCUGCCAUACUGCAAUCUUUGAUCUCCGAGACGAAGGAUCCCGCAUUCUCAUUUGCGCCUGCCGCAGGAUCAUCCGGUGACAAAGGCAAAGAUGUGGACAAGCCUGCCGAAGGUUCAAAAGUCAAGGAUACAGAGAAAGCCAAGAUCGACUUUGCCAUCGAUGCCCAGCUCGCGAAAAUCAAGAAAGAGCUGGAAUUGUCCUUGGACAUUCUGUGCGAACGCAAUAAGGAUAUGUUUGAGGUCAAAUUAAGUUUCCACACCAAACAACUCGAGCAGUCCAUCGCCAAUUCAGCUCAGCUGGUAAUCAAGUCUCUUUCUGGCCCAUAUGACCGACUCGUCCACGAGGAUCUUCGGCACCUAUGGAAAGAAAUGGCGAGUUUAUUCAACUGGAUCUUCUGUGUCGAGAACAAAUUUUUUGUUAGCGCUGUAUUCGAGUUUUAUCUCGACCGUUUCUCCGGCAAAAAGCACGUCGAUAAGCCCGAUGGGGAGCAACAUCAGGAAGACUCCGAUACGGAGGAAAAACAAAUUGUGAAAUAUGGUUCUGCGCCAAAGUUCAGCUUCUUAUCCAGGCUUGGAUCGAUCAAUCACCCCGACUCGUGGACCUUGGAGUACAUCGCCGCUUACGGAGAAAACAUCACUCAGGCUAUCGACAACGAUAAUUCGGGAUUCAUUCGUAUCAGCGAGGCAAACGCAUUCUCGCAGGCGAUUCCUAAAGGAUGGAAUCUACCCCAGUGGUGUGCAUACUGUGCCGCAGGGUGGGCGUAUGAAAAUCGCAUUUAUCGCACACGUAUCAACAAGAUCCUUUCUACUCUUACCGAAAUGCAAGCAAAAGUUCUUGGGACCAAUCGUGGAUACCUUGUCGAUUAUACGACAUUCUUUUUUGACACCAUUUGCCACGCUUUUGCCCGCGAGCCUGUCGGUCAGCGGACCCCUAGUACAACACAAGAACUUCGAGAACUUGUCAAACAAAAAGUCUUCGAACAAGAUGAAAUAUAUCGCGGACAUCUCCAGUCGUUGAAAUGGACCCUUGAAGAUGAGGCAACGAUCCAUUUAAUUUACGGAAAAAAGGAACCCGAAAAGUACAUUCUUCAACUUUGUACCCUAGUGCUAGAACAGACUCUCGCGCUCGCGCGUAAAUGUACAACAGUCACGGUUGAUAUAAGGGAGUGGGCCCGUCUGAGCACAACAUUCCAACUGUUAAGGAAGAUUACUGCCAAUCACAUCAAUGAAUUGAAAGCACGGUUUGAGGAUACGUCUUCUGAAGCCUUCAAUUCUUAUUAUGGUGGAAUGUGGACGUAUUUUUCAGUUUACGUUCCAUAUUCAUUCGAAGAGCUCUUGGACGCAUAUUCUGAAUUGUCGAUCCACGAUGACUUCCCUAUGAGCAAGAUCACUGCGGAGAGUGCUUACUUACAAUAUCCGCCCUGGGAAGAACACGUUAAGACGCUGGACAGACACGCGAUCCCUCCUUUGAUCCCAAGAGCAUGGGAUCCUAGCUACGAGAGUCUGUUCCAAGGUGGUACUGUGAUCGAUGCCACGAAUCGCCGAAGGGAGAAAAGCGAUAUACGUGUCUCAGUCCAAUGUGUCGGUAUCCUGGUAUGUGAAUUCCCCAUUCUCGAUCGUUUUUCCGAAAUUGAGAGGAAGCUAGGCGGUUUUGAUUUUUGCGACAGUUGCCACAUUCUUCCUCCUGAGCAACAUAACGUCAAGACACAUAACUAUCGACACGUUGCUGCCUUGCAUGCCCUUCAAUAUUCGUCAAUUCAGAACGAGAGGUUCAGUUUGGAAGCCGAGAUUAUAUUUGAACAGUUGGCACAAGAAUUUAGUGCGCAAGAUCGUUACGAGUACUCGGAGAACGCUAGAGAUAGUACCGCGUUGAACGAAGAAGAUGACGAAGACGACUUACUUGACAAGGCGGCGGGAGAAUUUGACGGAGAGCCCAGUGAUAAUGGCGACGAUGGAGAUUCAGAUAUGGAAGGAGCUCCAACCAAGCGCAAGUAUACACCACCAGUGCGCGUAACUCUCAAAUGCGCCAGAUGUGAUGAAGACAUCAAUGUGGCAUCCGAAUUCUUCAGAUGUAUUGGUCACUCCUGCAUGAACAUGUACUUCUGCAGGGACUGCGCCAUGAACUAUCCUCGUGAAGAUCUUCCUGAGGGUGUGACGCAUGAGUGGUGGCAUUCACUUCUAUGCCUCCGCAAAGACCUCAUCCUCGGACAUUGGGACGUUCCUGUCAUGACCGACCACACUACCGAAGCCACCCAUGUCUCUCUAUCUUCAGAAGACGCCGUCCAUCUCAGAAUUGGCAUACUCGAAGAAAAACUCGACAUCAUCCAACAUAGCAACGCGUCGCUCGACCAGAGGGUUAUAGGCCUUGAAGCCAAGUUGGACGCUGUCAUAGCGGGCUUGGAGAAGCUCAUUGGGGGGAAAUUACCCAUAGCGGCUCCUGCGGCGGGUGCUGUUUCGACAAACCAGCUACCUGUCGGUAGUCCUGCAAAUGCCGCUGUUGUACCUUCCAGGGAGCUACAAGCCCCUGCGUCGAGAGAAAUUGGGGCGCCUGCAUCGAGGCAGAUUCAAGCACCCGGGUCGAGGGCGGUUCCCAAUUACACUCAAGAAAUUGCACCUACACAAGGCCCCGGGCUUCUUCAGCAAAUUCGGGACCAUACUUAUCCAGGAGGUGAGGAAGAAGAGGAGCAGUCAGAACAUCAACGAGAACAACGCGGAUAUGAUCCUGAAGACCAAGAGCAGGAUGAGCCCGAGCACCAACAAAGCUACGGUUCCCAGACUAGGGUUCAACAACACGGAUAUGACGAGGGCGAAGGAGAAGAGGAUGAACCACAACAGUACCAUGGUUACGGUUCUCAAGGAAGAGUCCAGCAACAACAACAAUAUGGCGGCUAUCAACAACAACCCUCAUACGACGAUGAGCCUGAAGACCAGAACGAGCAAGAGCAAGGCAGUGGGUAUGGGUACGGGUACAACGCCAGGAGCCAGCAGCGUGGUGGGUACGGCGACGACGAGGGUGGCGAUGACGAUGACGAUUUUGGGAAUGCCGCCGACGAAUAUGCACGACAGACUGGAGGAGGCCAGGGUGGGUACUACCGUGACUACUAA